AAAGUGUAUCAUUGUAAAGCCAAAGGAUGUGGAAAAGUUUUUUCAUCAUCAAAUUACCUCAAUCUUCAUACAGCGUCUCAUACUGCCAGUAAAUCUUUAAGUUGUGAUUUUGAUGGAUGUGGUAGAAAAUUUCUAUGGCCGGCCCAUCUUAGUUAUCACAAACUUACUCACACGAAUAAUCGUCAGCAUUUCUGUAGUUUUGAGGGCUGUGGUAAAAAGUUCCUUACAAGCCAAAGACUUCGCACACAUUCCCUUAUACAUACUGGUGAGAGACCAUAUAAAUGUACAGAAUCAGGGUGUAAUAAAUCAUUCACUACUGCUGGUAAUUUACGAAAUCAUAUUAGAAUACAUACAGGAGAAAGGCCAUUUGCGUGUGAUUUUGAAGGCUGUACUAAACGAUUUACUGAAUGUUCCAGUCUAAAGAAACAUAAACUAGUGCAUUCAGGAAAGAAACCUUAUAAAUGUGAUGUGUGUGGUAAAUCAUUCAGUCAAACUGGUACAAGGACAGUACAUAUGAAAUCUCAU